CAAUUUGUCGCUGCAGUCGGCUGCUCUUAUAAAUGCAACGUUUCAGUAAUUAUGCAGAAAGUGCAUUUGUAUUUAUUAAAAUAAUUGAUAAUAUUGUAUCAUACACACACAUAAUAUUGAGUGAAACACAUAAUAAUGAGUGAAAAACGUGAACACGAAGGUAGUGAUGCGGAAGAUGAAUGGAUCGGACCGUUACCUUCGGAAGCUGCACCGCAAAAAAAGCAACGAGUUUUAGAGUAUGAACAAGUUUACAUAGAUAACUUGCCAUGCUGUGAAUGUUACGAGAAAUCUUACAUGCAUAGGGAUGUUAUUACUCAUAUUUUAGUAACAAAAUCAAAUUUUGUGAUAACUGCUAGUUGUGACGGACAUGUAAAAUUUUGGAAAAAACAGGAGGAAUUGAUAGAAUUUGUAAAACACUUUCGGGCGCAUUUAAUGGCGAUACAGUCAAUGUCUGCUAGUUGUAACGGUAGCCAUGUAUGUUCAGUCAGUGUAGAUAAAACUAUGAAAAUAUUCGAUGUUAUUAAUUUUGAUAUGAUAAACAUGAUAAAAUUGGACUUUGUGCCGCUGUGCGCUGAAUGGGUUUACUCAGCUGGUGAUGCCAUAUCUGCUGUGGCUGUGUCUUCACAGGAUUCAAAUAAGAUCUAUAUUUAUGAUGGUCAAGGAACAAGUAUACCUUUACACAUAUUUGAAAAGCUGCAUACUAAACCUGUUGUCAUUAUGAAAUAUAAUCCUGUAUAUGAGACAUGCAUUUCCAUCGAUAAAGCUGGAAUAUUGGAAUACUGGACAGGUCCAAAAAUGGAAUACAAGUUUCCUAAAUGCAUAUCCUUUGAAUCCAAAUUGGACACCGAUCUGUUUGAGUUUGCUAAAAAUAAGACUUACCCGUGCGGUUUAGCAAUAUCGCCCGAUGGUAAACGGUUUGCAUCUCUCAGCGGAGACAGAAAAGUUAGGGUUUUUAAUUUCCAUACAGGCAAAUUGUACAGAGUAUUUGAUGAGACUCUUCAAAGAUUUAGUGAAUUACAGCAAACUGUACAGCAACUUCCAAACAUGGAAUUUGGACGUAGAAUGGCAGUUGAAAGAGAACUGGAUAAAACUGAAACAAACUUGGGAAAUAUUAUUUUUGAUGAAUCUGGUUAUAUUAUUCUAUAUCCUACUAUGCUGGGUGUCAAAAUGGUGAAUCUUUACACAAAUCGUUGUAUUAAAAUUAUGGGAAAACCAGAGAACAUACGACCAAUGCGACUAGCAUUAUUUCAGGGAAAAGCGAGAAAGACCACUGCUGCGUUAACUGUUGAAAUGGAAGCUUCCGAGAAUCCUACGAUGGAGAUGAAUCGACCGGAUCCAACGUUGUUUUGCACAGCUCACAAAAAAAAUCGAUUCUACAUGUUUACAAGACGAGAGCCAGAGGAUAUCAAGAACCAAGAGUAUGACCGCGACGUAUUUAAUGAGAAACCCUCUAAGGAGGACAUCAUAUCUUCCACGGAGGCCACAAAUAUGCAAAAGAUAUACGACACGGCAAUAAUCCACACAGCGCUCGGUGACAUCCAUCUGAAUCUUUUUAGCAAGGAUGUCCCUAAGACAGUGGAGAAUUUCUGUGUGCACGCGAAGAAUGGCUACUUCAACGGUCACAUAUUUCAUAGAGUUAUCAAAGGUUUCAUGAUACAAACAGGUGACCCUACUGGGACUGGUACUGGCGGUGAGAGCAUAUGGGGAGGCGAGUUUGAGGACGAAUUCAAGCCGAACUUGAAACACGAUAGACCGUAUACUUUGAGUAUGGCGAACGCAGGACCAAAUACGAACGGUAGCCAGUUUUUCAUUACACUGACACCAACACCCUGGUUAGAUAACAAGCAUACCGUAUUCGGCCGAGUUCACAAAGGAAUGGAGGUGGUGCAGAAUAUCAGCCAGCACAGACGAAUAAAUUGACGCUGAGUAAAUUAUAAUUCUUUGGUAUGAUUACCAUUGAAUAUCUAGAAUUACGUAGAUUCAGAUCAAUCAAUCUUAUACAAUGAAUCUUAAAAUCUCAAACAAGAUAUAUCUGUAUAAAUACCUAGACCAUAUAGCGCCCGUAAGCAUGAGAGCCGCGGUUUGACUGACAGAAAUCGUAUCGGCGGGUCUGUUAAGAUCUCCUAUACCUGCUAUAACAAGACCCCAUUUAAACGUUGGCGCCCAAAAGAAUACUGUGGUUGGACCUAAUAAAUAAUUUUUUCUUGAA